CAUAUUAAAUUCGAAAAUCAGUAGAAAACAAGGAAGGUUCGUAUUUUUUGUUUUUCGGUCCAUCGGCGUCCCAUUUUUCACUCUUGGUUUCAACUCUCAAUCGUCAAUUCUGCAGAAACAAACAGUUCUCUGAUAAUCUGAUGAUCGGCCUGUGAAUUGCCUACUUCGCAGUGGUUUCUCCGAUUAGGUUUUGGACUUCUGUUGAUGGGUGCCCCUAAGCAGAAGUGGACAGCAGAAGAAGAAGCAGCACUCAAAGCUGGAGUGCUUAAGCAUGGGACUGGGAAAUGGCGCACGAUUCUUUCAGAUCCUGAGUUUAGUGAUGUUCUGCGUUUGCGUUCAAAUGUGGAUCUCAAGGAUAAAUGGAGAAAUAUAAAUGCGACAGCAAUAUGGGGGUCAAGGCAGAAGGCCAAGAUUGCACUUACAAGGGCUCAGUUGACCCCUAAAAAGGAUGAUAACCCUAUGGCUCUGAUGCCUGUAACCCAAUCUGAUAAUGAAAUAGUCGAUGCUAAGCCCCUUGCAGUUUCCAGUGGAACACCUCGAACCAGUGAUUCCAAAAAGCGAAUUGCAAGGAUGGAGAAUUUUAUUUUAGAUGCUAUUACGAGUUUGAAAGAGCCAGGUGGUUCUGAUAGAGCCUCGAUUGCUUCGUAUAUAGAGGACCAAUAUUGUGCUCCACCCAACCUCAAGAAGAUUUUGGGAACCAAACUAAAGCUUAUGAUUGAAAAUGGCACAUUGACCAAGAUAAAGCAUAAGUACAAGAUUGCACAUAGUCUGACAGUUUCUGAAGGAAGAAGGUCCCUCCCACCACUUUUGGAAGGAAGGCGGAAGGGUUCUCCAAGGGCAGAGAAGGAGAUCAAACUUCUUACUAAAGCCCAAGUUGAUGCAGAGCUGUCAAAGAUGAAGAGCAUGACAGCAGAAGAAGCUGCAGCAGCAGCUGCACGAGCAGUUGCCGAGGCAGAAGUUGCAAUUGCAGAGGCUGAAGCAGCAGCAAGAGAGGCAGAAGCAGCAGAAGCUGAAGCUGAAGCAGCACAAAUUUUUGCUAAAGCAGCAGAGAAAGCAUGGAAAUCUAGGAUGCUGGUAAAUCCUCUUUAAUAACUAUUCUUAAAGAUAUAAUCAGAUGUAAAUUGUUCAUAGUUCUGGACGAGCUGGUCUUAGUGGAUUGUGUGUGAGGUUAGUGUAGUUAUCUAAGAGCAGAGAUCCCCUGGUCAUAAUUUGCCCUGUGCCCCACCUUGUUGAUAGAUAUGGAACUAUUUAAGACUAUUUGCACUGUGCUCAGUAUUCAACCUUUGUGUGUGUGUGUGUGUGUGUUUUUUUUUUUUUUGCAAACCUUUUGUUUUCCACUGUUUGCAAUAGUCUCCAUAGAAAAAAAAAAAGUUAAGCUUUUAACAAAGACAUAGAAACUCAUUUUUAGAGAAAUUUCAGCCCUUGGGCUUGGCUAGUAUUUUGGACAAAUGCUACUGCAAAGCAGGGAGUUAGUUUCACUUAGAGAUGCUUUUUUCUUUUAACUUUUCACUCUUUUUUUCCUUCUCACUUUAUUAUUUGUUAUAGCUAUUAAUUAUUCUGAUAGAACUUGCAAAAUUUUGCAGAUGACAUAAGCUUGUUAGUUAAAAGUCUGAGCUUGAUUAUUGCUUGAACCAUGCAUCAGCACUGCAUCAUGCCGCUAUAUCUAUUAUCAGUGUAAAUAUUUAUAUUUCAGCAUGUAAAGCAUGGGACUAGUCCAUUAAGGUCUGUAUCCUCUCUGAGUGAACUUGUUGGUGGGGGUUUUGAGGUGUUGAUUUUGAAGAUUUACAGUGAAGAAAUGAAGAAAAGGGUACAAACUAGCCAAAGAAAUAGAAAAAAAUACAAGAUUGUGAGAUACGUUAUAUAUGAUCUGUCUCUUUUGUAGUUGAUCCAAAUACAAUUAAGCUACAAUUUUGGUGCAAGCAUGUUAAUAGGUUCAGAUUGUUGUACUUGGAAAGCUAAAAUUCCAGUCGAAUUCUUCUGUUGUGCAGCCUCAUCUUCUACUAAAGGUUUUUAUUAUUA